GUGUUUUUCCUCCUUUGUAUCGAUUCUUCAUUCUUCACUUCGAAUAAUCUGUCUUCCAAUUCGCUGUUAUUCAUCUUAUCUUUCGCAUCAAGUCUUCCAAAGAAUAAUCACUAAAGGAAUUGUAUGCUAUGCGUUGAUCGUAUUUAUGCUCUCUCUCUGUUUCUCCCAUUUUUUCCUCUCUCUCAAUUACAUACUCUCUCUUCAUCCUCACAAAAACGGAGAUUUUGGGGUUGUUUCUUUCGAGUUUCUGUAAAUGAACGCUUACGGAAUUGAUUCCAAGCAAGAAAUUCAACAAAAUCAUGGACUGAUUACUGAUUAUUACUCUCAAAAUUUCAGGGCACAGCAGCCCAGGAGGAUGGGGGCUUGUGUUCAUCUAUCCGCCAUGGAUGAAGUUGAAUCCUCAGAACGGCUAAAUUCAUGUCCGUCUAAACCCACUUCCACUAUCAUCAAUCUCUUCGAAUCACCCACUUCGGCUUUUUUCGCAACGGAGCAAUGUAUGGGGAUUCCUCCGAUUCAAUUCCAGUCUGGUUCUUCCUCUUUCAAUUCGCUGUCGACGAUUUUUCAAUCCUCCGGGGAGAAUUUCUCUCUUGAUUCGGCGGAGCAAAGUGGUCUAGACUCUGAAUUCAGUAACACCUUGCAAUCGGUUGUGAAAUCUCAACUCUGUAAGAGAAGCUUCAAUGGGUUACCGAAGGCUAGUUUCGUUGAGCACAAGGUGUUUGAUGGAAGUUCCAAUACAAUCAAGAAGCAUUAUUCAGUUCCUUUCAAAGACCAAAUAGGUUGUUAUAAUUCAAUUGCACAGCCAAGUUUUUGUUCGAAUUCUCCAAGAUUCUCUUGCUUGAGUGGUUCUAUUGGGUCAGGAAGUUCUUCAUCUUCCUUCAAUGGGAAUGGAUUCACAGCCAAAACAAGAAUCAGAUGGACACAAGAUCUCCAUGAGAAAUUUGUUGAUUGUGUUAAUCGUCUUGGUGGUGCAGAGAAAGCAACGCCUAAAGCAAUAUUGAAGCUGAUGGAUUCUGAAGGAUUGACCAUAUUCCAUGUGAAGAGUCAUUUGCAGAAAUAUCGGAUAGCAAAAUACAUGCCAGAAUCUGCAGAAAGGAGGUGUGAUAGAAGGAACUGCAUGAAUGAAGUUACAGAACUCGAUGCCAAAACUGCCAUGCAAAUUAAAGAUGCCUUGCAACUGCAGUUAGAUGUUCAGAGGCGUCUACAUGAUCAAUUGGAGAUACAAAGGAAGCUACAGUUGCAAAUUGAAGAACAAGGGAAACAACUCAAGAUGAUGUUUGAUCAACAACAAGAAACUAACAAAUGCUUCUUCAGAACAACUACAACUAAUGGAUUAUUCAACAAACCAACUCCUAGUAACAGUAAUGUAUCGGGUUAUCUCGACAAUGCUCCGAUCCCGACAAUAUCUGAAAAUGCUCAAUUCCCAUCCAAGAUAAGUUAGGCCAUGAAAAAGCAUCCUUUUCUUCGUCAUCAUUUUACCACAGUACAUAACACUCAUUGGGGGGAAGCUUUUUUAUUGUGAAGAUAAAUCCAAACAAAGAAAAAAAGGGGGGGGGGGGGGGGUAAAGAUUAAAGAGUGUGUUGUCGAAUUGAAUAUACAAACUUUUGAAAUGUUUGAAUUGAAGAAACUUGCAAUGGGGUUUUGUUAUGUUAAUAAAAUCGGAAGUUCUAAGUUGUGAAUUAAA